ACACUACAUUACCCACAAUGCUUCGCCACUGCCAGCAACAAGGAAGUGUUACAGAGAGAAAACAGAAAACGCUGGAUUUGUUGUCAUCUCUGGCUGACAUUUUUUUUUUAACUGACUGGAUUACCACAUUGGAAGUGGUAGAAGGGAAAAUGCAGCAGCUCAGUGAGUCCGUGGUGAUCCGCAGCCUAAAGAGAUUCAGAGACAGAUUUUUCCCAAACGGAAAUGAAGUUGUAGGUGACGAUCACAUGACGCCUGAAACAGAAGAAUCACAGCCAGGACUUUUGGACACUUUACCGGUGGACCUGCAGUUCCUGAUUAUGAACUUUCUGUCUCCUGUGGAUCUCUGUCGACUGGGAGCCACCUGUCGCUAUUGGAGGGCCAUGGUUCGAGAUCCAGUACUGUGGAGAUACUUCCUGCUCAGGGACAUGCCCUACUGGCCCUCUAUCGACCAUUUAUCAAUGCCCCGACUGGAGGUGUUGAAUAUACCACUGGUCAAUGAAGAGGAGAGCCUGUCUGAUACAGAAGAAGCAGAAGACAAUAGGAGAGAGUUGCAAUGUGACUACAUGUCAGAAUACCUGAAAGGAUGCCCGUCCUAUAGACAACAGUGGCUUCCUUCAGGGGCAGCGUAUGAGGUUGUGACCUCAUUUUUUCAGUCUCUGGUUCGCUCGUCUGAACCGCGUUAUGCCAUGUUUGGACCUGGUAUGGAGCAACUAGAUGUCUCUUUAGUCACGAGGCUCAUGUAUGCCCCUGAGGUGCUUCCGGUGUCGGGGACACCGCACAGACAGAUAAAUGGUAUCGGCUCAGGGAUCAGUUAUAUGUUCAACAACCAACACAGAUUUAAUAUCCUGACUCUGUAUUCAACUAAUAGGGCAGAUAGGGAAAGAGCCAGACUGCAUCAGCAGAGCGUCAGUAAUAAACUUUUUACCUUCGAAGGAGAAGAUGAUUCGGGUUACCCCAUCUGCAGCCCUUCCCCUCAGGUCCAGCAAGUGUGCCAGGUGGUGGACGGUUUCAUCUAUGUAGCCAAUGCCGAGCCUGGAAAAAGUGGAGGGAUGACAGAGGUGGCUCAGAUCCAGGCUGUACUGAGCUCCGCCAGGGAUUCUAAAUCCAGGCCUCUGCUGGUGCUCUCCUGUGUCUCCAGAGAAGAAGCAAUUAGCACCACCAGCCUGCAAAAUGGUGCACACAGAAACGGAGCCAGGAAUCGAAUCCCCAGUGUUGACAUGGCAAAAAGACUUGGCUUACCUCAACUGGCUAACCCUUGGAUGGUGCAGGACACUGUGGCAGAAUCCCUGUCAGGUCUUUUGGAUGGUAUUUCAUGGUUGCUGAGAUGUUCUGGAGUUAAACUCUAAAGUAACUAGCUUACUUCUGCUGCUGCCUUCUGAAUUACAAGCUGCGGCAUCAUCCCGACACCAACACACCACAGCAUUUCCUACGUAACGUGCACCACAUGUAGACUGGCUUGGAGCAAAGCCUACGAAAUGUAUUGAAAUUUUGCGCGGACAAUUUCUCAUCCGGGAGACCUGACGAAGACUCUGUUCUGAACAACAAUAAUAAUAAACGUUACACAGCGCUCCACCAACCAAGUACAAGAAAGCAGGACGCAUUUGCAUCCACAAUCGUAGCUGGCACAUAAGAUAAAAUGUAUUUUUACUUUAAUUCAUGAGAGAUGCAGAUAAAAUAAUUCUCAAACUAUUUUAUAAAGCAAACUAGACAUGGCUUUCUAACUGGUGGUUAUUUACUGAAAGAGCCAAGUAUUAUUUUUAUUUAAUUUUUUAUUUCAAAUUUUCUUGCUUAAUCAACUUUCUUGCUUAAUCAGCUUUUACAUCUUCUGGACAAGCUUUCAGGCUUUUGAUCAAUGAUUUGCACAUAAAUCAAGAUGUGACAUAGCUAAAAUAUAUGCAAUGAAAUAAAUUUAUUUUGAAUACA